CUUUACUUGCUAGGGGGCGGCAGUUGCGACGACGGCGGUGCUUCGCGUCGAGAUAAUACAAUCGUUUGCGAAAAAAGUUUCCUGCUGCUUGAUUACGAAACGUAAUCGGUGGAGAAAAAGGAAAACGUAGAAUCAUAGCGAAGAAGGCAAGUUUGCAGCAGUGGACGAUAUUUAUUGUGACUUGACAAGUUUGUUUGCUCGUUACUCUUGUUCCUCGUAAGCCAGUAGUUUAUAACGUAGCAGUGUGACGUGUCAAUAUGGAGAGCUACACUUCGGACUCGAGCGACUCCGAGUCAAGCUCGAAAACCCUGGACCUGUCCUACCUCAUGCUAGACGGGCAAAUUUUGCAGGAGCACCUGGUAUGCGCGAGUUCACCGGAGCAGGUGGAGACUCUUCUAUUGUAUCAGAACCGUUUGAAUUACCUACCCGAGAGUGUCAUUCGCUUCGCCAAUCUCGCUACCCUCGACGUCUCCAACUGCGGCCUCAGGGGGCUACCGGAUUUCUUGCUCCAGCUCGACCAGUUGAUCUGCAUAUCCGCCAAGAACAAUAAUAUCACCAACGAUUCGUUGCCCAAGAGUUUCGAGGGCUGGCCUUCGCUCAGGGAACUGAAUCUCAGUGGGAACGGCCUCACCGAGUUCCCCGAGCAGGUGCUCGACCUGCCCGGAUUGAGGUACCUUUACCUUGGCGGCAACCGAAUCAGCGAAAUAACCGAGGACGUCUGGAAGAUACAGCGUUUACAGGUCUUGUCAAUGGGCGGCAAUAGAUUAGCCGAAGUGCCCUCGACGCUUGGCAAAUUGACCGCUUUGCAAGCAUUAGUGCUCUGUGAUAAUAGACUCGAAAGCCUUCCAAGUACCAUAGCCAAUCUAAAGAAUUUGAAAUCCUUGCUUUUGCAUAAGAACAGGCUACGUACACUGCCGACCGAAAUCAUUAGCCUUAAAUGCCUAACCGAGCUGUCAUUGAGGGACAAUCCACUUGUAGUGAGAUUUGUUUCGGAUAUGACGCAUAAUCCACCAUCGCUUUUGGAAUUAGCUGCUAGGGUUGUUAAAACUAUUGAAAUCCCUUACCGAGAAGAAGAUUUACCGAGAAAUUUAAUAGACUAUCUAAAUAGCGGUCACCGUUGCAUCAAUAGUCGUUGCAAAGGAGUUUUCUUCGACAACAGGGUCGAGCACGUCAAAUUCGUUGACUUUUGUGGCAAAUACCGCCUACCCCUAUUACAAUACCUCUGUAGCAGUAAAUGCAUCAGGCCAAACGACCGCGACGAGGAACUAGUUAGCGGGGCCAUGAUCCGGAAGGUUUUGCUCGGAUAAAAAGCCAUAAGACGUGCGGGUCGUCGCUGGAUUUCUUCACACGCCUUACCGCAGUUUCCGCUCUUA